AUGCAGCAAACACGCACACGCGCCAUCCAGUCCCUCAAGGGCUCGCGCAACUUUUCGAGUAGCGCACAAAGAGCCGCCGUCUCACCCUUCAAGAGACCUGCUCAGGCCGCCGCCACCAAAGUCGUCAGGGAAGAUGUCAGGAGAACACAGAGCACCGCGGCUGCAGCCACGCAAACAGCGUCACGGACGCGGCCUGCGCCGGCCUUCAAUCGCGAAGACUACAAUGUCUCGCCAUUGAAGCCGUACCGCGCACCCGAGAUGGACCACUCGUUCGUCGGCAUGACGGGAGGAGAAAUCUUCCACGAGAUGAUGCUGCGUCAGGGUGUCAAGCACAUUUUCGGAUACCCAGGCGGUGCCAUUCUCCCCGUUUUCGACGCCAUCUACCAGUCAAAACACUUUGACUUUAUCCUGCCGCGACACGAACAGGGCGCCGGCCAUAUGGCAGAGGGAUAUGCCCGUGCAAGCGGCAAGCCCGGUGUCGUUGUAGUCACAUCAGGUCCCGGAGCCACCAAUGUCGUCACACCCAUGCAAGAUGCCCUGAUGGACGGAACACCCAUGGUCGUUUUCUGCGGACAGGUCGUUACAAGUGCGAUUGGCUCGGAUGCAUUCCAAGAAGCUGACACCGUUGGAAUCACCCGUGCAUGCACAAAGUGGAACGUACUGGUCAAGAACAUUGCGGAACUGCCCCGCAGGAUCAACGAGGCCUUUGAGAUUGCAACAAGCGGACGCCCGGGACCUGUCUUGGUUGAUUUGCCCAAGGAUGUGACUGCUGGUACUCUCCAGAGAGCGAUUCCCAUGAGCAGCACGCUCCCUACGUCUGUAAGCGCAGCGACUAUCGCCGCGCGUGAGUUGAGCAGGAAACAGCUCGAGGGCUCCAUCAGGCGCUCAGCAAACCUCCUCAACAUCGCGAAGAAGCCCGUCAUCUAUGCUGGCCAGGGUGUUCUGCAGACGCCGAAUGGACCUGAGCUUCUGAGGGAGCUUGCGGACAAAGCCAAGAUUCCCGUAACCACCACUCUCCAGGGUUUGGGAGCAUAUGACGAGCUUGACCACAAGUCUCUGCACAUGCUCGGCAUGCACGGUUCCGCAUAUGCCAACAUGGCGAUGCAGGAGGCUGAUCUGAUCAUUGCGCUCGGUGCUCGAUUUGACGACCGUAUCACCGGUGCCAUUGCCAAAUUCGCGCCUGCUGCCAAGGCUGCUGCCGCGGAAGGCCGUGGUGGUAUCAUCCACUUCGAAAUCAUGCCCAAGAACAUCAACAAGAUCGUUCAGGCUACCGAGGCUGUUGAGGGCGAUGUUGGCACUAGCCUGAAGCAGAUGCUGCCCCUGGUCAACACCGUCCAGGAGCGAAAUGAAUGGUUCUCUCAGAUCGAUGACUGGAAGAAGCGCUUCCCAUGGGCCUACGAGAAGGAGGGCGAGAACGGCCUGAUCAAGCCGCAAACUGUGGUUGAGACCCUGUCCAACCUUACCGCUGACCGCAAGGAUACAACCAUCAUCACAACCGGUGUUGGCCAGCAUCAAAUGUGGGCAGCUCAGCACUUCCGCUGGAGGAGCCCACGCACCAUGAUCACUUCAGGUGGUCUCGGUACCAUGGGUUACGGUCUCCCAGCCGCUAUCGGCGCAAAGGUAGCUCGCCCGGAUUGCACCGUUAUUGACAUCGACGGCGACUCUUCCUUCAGCAUGACUUUGACCGAGCUUUCCACCGCCGCAGAGUUCAACAUCGGCGUCAAGAUCGUCAUCCUCAACAACGAGGAGCAGGGCAUGGUUACUCAAUGGCAGACCCUCUUUUAUGAGGACCGCUUCUCGCACACACAUCAACGGAACGCCGAUUUCGUCAAGCUCGGUGAUGCCAUGGGAGUACAAGCGCGGCGCUGCAUCAAGCCUGCCGAACUAGAAGAGAGCCUUCAAUGGCUGCUCGACACCGAGGGGCCCGCUCUGCUUGAGGUCGUGACCGACCAGAAGGUGCCCGUUCUACCCAUGGUUCCCGGCGGCAACGCGCUGCACGAAUUCAUUCUCUACGACGAGAAUGUUGCAAAGGAGCGCAGAGCCCGCACUAAGGAGCGAUCAGGUCGCUAA